AUGAGCUCUAUUAAUGGUAGUCAUAACGCCGAUACAUCACAGCCUUCAGUAACUAAAAAUUUAGUUACUGAUAAUAGUGAUUCAAACCAGGCAACAACAGUUGUGAAGACUCCAACACAAUCGGAAAAUAGAAAAUCGCAUUCGGGAGGCGAUUCAACUACAUCGUCGUCUGCAUUAUCUUCACAGACUUCACAACAAGAAGAGGCUGAGGACAAAGUUAAUUUGACAUUACUCUUAGUUUCAGGGAAAAGACAUACAUUUGUUUUUGAUCCCAACGAUACAAUAACAGUUGUUAAAAGUCGAGUUUUUAAUAAUUGGCCUAAAGAAUGGGCCGAUGAAACUCCGGUAGCGGUGUCAAGCUUGAAGAUAGUGUACCAAGGUCGAUUUUUAGAGGAUGGAGCUACUCUUGAAUCAAAUAAGAUUCAACGUGGGCAAAACACCAUUGUACAUUUGACUAUAAAAAAUUUGUUACAUCAGGAUAACGAAGAUCCUAAAUCUGUAGAAACUGCACCAAAAUGUCGCUGUAUAAUACUGUGA